AUGGCGUUCAUUAAAAUUAUCAAAAUCACACAAAACUGGAAAGUGAUUGGGUAUUUCAAGAACCUCAAAGAAAUGGAAGAAGCAGUGGAGGAUUCGUGUACACAAGGAGAUAUCAAUAGAGUUUGGCUUGUGAGAAACAAGAAGACGAUAUAUAAAGACGGUGAUGCAAAGACAAAGGCGACGACGAAAGCACAAGAGAAGAAGUUCAAAGAAAAGGUUACUGCUACGGAAAAUAGGAUGAGUUCUCCUAUACGGCUGGCAAAAAGCUUACAACAUCCAUCAAAAGCGGAACAGCCCUCAAGGACUAGUAAGACGCCAGACGAAAAUGAAGUUGUCGAGAUGAUCAAAAACUGGAGAGUAGGAGAAGAGAACACUCUAGAUCAAAAGGACACUUCAGAAAAUAAGGGGCAACAACUGAAGAAAGAUAACGUAGUGCCUGAAGAAGUGGUUGAAAUCAUAAAAGAUUACAGAACAACCAAUAAAAUCAAAUAUGUUCAGUAUCAAGAAUCAACCCACGAUGGAAGCUUGGUGGAUAAGCUGAAGGAAGUGAAGGAAAUCUUCAAUCAAACGUCCAAUAAAAUGGAAUGGGAAAAAAUUAAUGUUGAGGCCGUAGACGAAUUACGCAAGGAGCACGGGAUAAGGAAUUGGAACGAAGCAAAGAAUUGGGCCUUGGAAAAAAACAAUUUUUUCCGUUUAGGACAAAAGAUUAUAAAUGAAAAGAAGAUUGGCGAAAAAAGUCCAAUAUUAGAAUCGCUGAGUAAAUGGAGUGACAUAGAGGAUGAAGAGGAGAGGAAUAAGGCUUUCAAGGCAUUUUAUUUAGAAAAAAGGCAAAGAGAGCUGAUCCAAUCCCCUUCCGUGAAAGAAGACAAUGAAGAAAAUGAAGAAGCAGAAGAAGAAGAAGAAGAAUUAGAACCCGAGACAUCACCAUCAAAGAAGAACGGUGGAAAGAAAAAGAAGAAGAAGAAGAACAACAAGAAGUGA